UUUACAGGAAAAGAAUUACUGAAUGACUUUGCAUGUGAUAAUUUGAUUUGGUCACCAAACCGACUGCAAUCUUCAAAAUUUGGACAACUCAACUAAUUGCAAUACCACAGCCAAAGGAGGAACAUACUGAAUUGCAUUCUUACUGCUUAGGAAGACAAGAAAAUAAAUAGCCAAGUAUUUUCAAAUGAAGCAGCUUGAAACAAAAGAGAGAGAAAGAAGAUGACUCAAUGGAGUGGAAAAACUGCACCAGGGUAAAAGAAUUUAUUUUCCUUGGCCUAACCCAGAAUCAAGACCUGAACUUGGUCUUAUUUCUUUUCCUACUUUUGGUGUAUCUGACAACUCUGCUGGGAAACCUCCUCAUCAUGCUCACUGUGACCUGUGAAUGCCACCUUCACACACCCAUGUAUUUUUUGCUCCGUAAUUUAUCUAUUGCCGACAUCUGCUUUUCCUCCAUCACAACACCCAAGGUUCUGGUGGACCUUCUGUCACAGAGAAAGACCAUCUCCUUCAAUGGCUGUUUCAUCCAGACGUUUUUCUUCCACCCUGUUGGCGGAGCAGAUGCAUUUUCUUUGUCAGUGAUGGCAAUAGAUCGGUAUGUGGCCAUCUCCAAGCCCCUGCACUAUGUGACCAUCAUGAGUGGAGGCCGUUGCAUUGGGUUAAUAGCUGCCUCUUGGGUUGGGGGUUUUGUCCACUCCAUCGUGCAGAUUUGCCUGUUGUUGCCUCUCCCAUUCUGUGGACCCAAUGUUCUUGACACCUUCUACUGUGAUGUCCCCCAGGUCCUCAAACUCGCCAGUACAGACACUUUUGCACUUGAGCUGCUGAUGAUUUCCAAUAAUGGACUGCUCACCACACUGUGGUUUAUCAUCCUGCUUGUGUCCUACACAGUCAUCCUAAUGAUGCUGAGGUCUCAGGCAGGGGAGGGCAGGAGGAAAGCCAUCUCCACCUGCACCUCACACGUCCUUGUGGUCACCCUGCACUUUGCGCCCUGCAUCUAUGUCUACGCCCGGCCCUUCACUUCUCUCACCACGGACAGAGCUGUCUCCAUCACCUUCACAGUCAUCUCCCCUCUGCUGAACCCCUUGAUCUACACACUGAGGAACCAGGAAAUGAAGUCAGCCGUGAGGAGACUGAAGAGAAUAUUUGUGCCUUCUGAUAUGGUAUAGACUAAUCACUCUCUCUCUCAACACCUGUGAAAAUGUUUGUGCAUCAAAUCAAUUGUAUUGACUAAAGGAUUUCUAAAUAAUUUUUAUAUUUCAAUGAAGAUACACAUGACUUUCAAAGAUUCUGAACAAACAAAGUAAAAAGAUGGGCUUCAUGUUACAAAAGGAAGUAGAGAAAUUAAAUUGUUAGCAGGAGAGGUGGAUAUUGCUUUUGCAAUACAGCCUUGGAAGAAAUAAAGAAAGCAGAUUUGAAAUAUACCCAAUUUUAUCACAUUGGAAUUGUUGUGGGUUUUUUUUUUUCUAGCUCUAGCGUGCUGUAAUUAACAAGUAAAA